AUGGACAUGUCUAAAAAGACCUUCCCAUGCCAAGCGAGCACUUUGCAAGGCAAGACGUGGCUGCCCAUUCCUGGUCAUGGCGCCAAUUUACGACUAAGUGGACGAGCCGAAAGGAAACCGGGAGACUCCAUUACCUAUCAGGAUCACGAGCCUCGUUCAACGCAGGCCUGCGCAUCUUUUAGUUCUGGCGGUUUGAUGAUGCUGGGCAAAGAAAUGGUAGGCGAUGUUUUUAAACAGCUUAACUUCGAUUGUGUGGCUAUCAUCUUCAGAAAUUUGUCCCCCAUCGACAUUACACGAUGCUGUUAG